AUGGUACAUAUUUCGAAUUUCAUUCUAGCGGCAUUGCCUGCUGUCUUUGCCCUCUCUUCAGCAUCCCAGCAUGACCUUGAAGGUAGAAGUGCAGAUGUGGCUCAGACUGAGGCCCACUGGGCAAACCAAGCAUCAGCCCAAGGCCGUCAUUUUUGUUACAUAAAACCAGAUGCCAACGGAGGCGAUGAUGCUCCAGCUAUUAUGGAUGCUCUCAAUAACAAGUGCAACUCUAAGAGCCUCGUCAUAUUCCCAGGCCCUGUCUAUAAUAUACAGACAAAUAUGACAACUCUGGAUCUUCAAGAUGUUAUCAUCUAUCAAUUUGGCCGCAUGCUCUGGAGUACCGAUAUCAACUACUGGCUUUCGGUAUCUAUGCCGGUUGGCUUCCAAAACCAGAGUACGGUUUGGUACUUUGGAGGCCACAACGUGGUUUGGGAUGGCUGGGGUGUCGGUACCCUCGAUGGCAACGGCCAAGUAUGGUAUGACUGGGCAAAGAGCCAAGGAAACCUGGCCCAUAGACCUAUGAACAUCAACUUCCGCACCCUCACAAACUCUGUCAUACGAAGGCUACGCUUUGUUCAGAGCCAGAUGUGGACAAUGGCCAUCACUUACUCCCAACACGUGGAUCUGGAUGAUAUCUACGUGAACAGUACCUCGUCGAGCCAAUGGAGCACCCUGAAUACCGAUGGCUGCGAUACCAUCUAUUCGGAUAGCAUAACUUUCAGAAGGUGGUUCAUUUCCAAUGGUGACGAUGCCAUUGCACUGAAGAUGAAUUCCAGCAAUAUCGCUGUCUAUGAUAGCUAUUUUGAGAAUGGGCAAGGUAUUGCCAUAGGCUCCAUGGGCCAAUACAAUGGCGAAUAUGAACACCUGGAGAAUUUUUAUGCCCGAAACAUCACUCUCAAGAAUACUGCUCACGUCUCCUAUCUGAAAACAUGGGCUGGUAUCUCGAGAGGUUAUCCUCCCAAUGGCGGCGGUGGUGGACUUGGUGUGGCGCGAAACAUCACGAUUGAAGAUGUGAAGCUGAUUGGCGGACGACAACAGCCAUUGUUCGCAUGGCAAUGUGAAAACUAUUCUGGAUACGCUGGGCAGGACUGUGAUUCUUCGUUAUUCAAGAUAGAGGAUAUUACAUGGAGAAAUAUCCAAGGAACUGUGGGACCUGGUGUGACGGAAGCAGUGUAUCUCCAAUGCAGCUCGGCUGCUGGAGGCUGCGAUAACAUCGAGGUGACAGACUUUAACGUGACCGUCGCGAGCAAUGGUAAACCGCUGGUUGUUUGGGACUGCUUCAACGUCAAUGAUCCCAUAGGAUUCACAUGCACAGAAUCACAAGCCCAGAAAAUGAGUGCUGAUGAGACUGGUGGACAUGGCACCAAUAACUAA